CUUCCGGCGCGAAAGGGGCAGAACUUCCGGCCAGUUUCCGUGGUAAGGAGGUGAGGCGCAGGGAGCUUUGUCAGGAAACAAGAAGGGUUCUCCUUUUGGUUUCUCAUCAUUGGCCCCAUGGCUGCCAUACAGAUGGAUCCUGACCUAGCCAAGCAACUCUUCUUUGAAGGGGCCACUGUGGUCAUUCUGAAUAUGCCCAAGGGGACAGAGUUUGGCAUUGACUAUAACUCCUGGGAGGUAGGACCCAAGUUCCGGGGUGUGAAGAUGAUCCCACCGGGCGUUCACUUUCUUCACUAUAGUUCUGUGGACAAAGCCAAUCCCAGGGAUGUGGGUCCUCGUAUGGGCUUCUUCCUUAGCUUGCAGCAGCGGGGGCUGACAGUCCUGCGCUGGAAUGCUCUCCAGGAAGAGGUGGACUUGUCUCCAGCCCCAAAGGCUGAAGUGGAAGCUAUGAGGGCUAAUCUUCAGGAGCUGGACCAGUUUCUGGGACCUUACCCAUAUGCCACACUCAAGAAAUGGAUCUCACUCACCAACUUUGUCAGUGAGGCCACAAUGGAGAGGUUGCAACCUGAAAGCCGGCAAAUCUGUGCCUUCUCAGAUGUGUUGCCUGUACUCUCCAUGAAGCACACCAAGGACCGGGUGAGGCAAAAUCUACCCCAGUGUGGCACUGAGUGCAAAAGUUAUCAAGAAGGUCUAGCCCGGCUGCCUGAGAUGAAGCCCAGAGCUGGGACAGAGAUCCGCUUCUCAGAGCUACCCACACAGAUGUUCCCAGUGGGUGCCACACCAGCAGAGAUAACAAGGCACAGCAUGGACUUGAGCUAUGCACUAGAAACUCUGCUCAGCAAGCAGUUUCCCACCAACCCCCAGGAUGUGCUUGGUGAACUUCAGUUUGCCUUCGUGUGUUUCUUGCUGGGCAACGUGUAUGAGGCAUUUGAGCACUGGAAGCGGCUCCUGAACCUCCUGUGCCGGUCAGAAGCAGCCAUGGUGAAGCACCACACCCUGUAUAUCAACCUCAUCUCCAUCCUGUACCACCAGCUUGGUGAGAUCCCAGCUGACUUCUUUGUGGACAUUGUCUCUCAAGACAACUUCCUCACCAGCACCUUACAGAGCCCAAGAGACACCAACCCCGUGCAGACUCUGGGGAGAGGAGUGUAUGUUCUUGAGAAGGAGCAUGGGUGGGCCAGUAGAGAGUGUGAGAAGCUGAUUGCUCUGGGUCUUGAUGGCCCCGGGGCCGCGGCCGGAUCCGUGCCUGGUUUUGGGCGCAGCCGCGUGGCCCCCUCCCCCGCGCGCAUCUCCCCGCCCCCCGCCCCCUCCCCGCCGCGCUCGGGGAGCCGGGGCCGCGCGGCUCCUCCUUCCGCAGCCGCAUCUGGGGCGCCGCGCCGGCCGGAGGAGAGGCAUGGGGCACCCGCGGACCGGGGCCGGGACCGGGGCCUAGGCGGGCGGACCUGCGAGCGGACCCGGGCGGCAACGGCGGCGCAGCGCAGGGCCGAGCGGGCCGGAGGCGGCCGAGGAGCCGGGCGCAGGUGA